UUUUAUUUUGAAGAGAACACCAUGAACUGUUGACCAACGAACUAACAUAUGCGGUUGUUACAUCAAUGUAGAUCGUUAUAUCUAAUAUUUUUUAUUGUCCUAUGAGCAAAUAUGUUGUCUUUCUAUAGGCGUUUGAAAUCGGACACCGCUGGCGUUGGGGCCCUCAUUUCAUGCGUAGGGAUACGUUGUUGCUUUUGACAAUGUGGACGGAGGUGGUUAAGAUGUCUACUAGAAGAAUGAAAUCAUCUUAAUUGUAACAACAAAAAGGAAGACGUGAGAUUAAUAACUAGAUAUUGUUUGGAUUCGGACUGGUUACAUUGUACUAAUGAUAUGAUGUGGGUAGUGUAACAGAGCAAGGUUCAAGAGGAAUAAGGAAGACAUCUACAGCGAUCCAAUGUGUUUCACGCGCUGAGGUUGAAAUUCUCUUGAAGUUUUAUGUUUUUUCCCCCUGCGAUACUCAGCCUUUCUUUUUACUGUUGGAUGCCAGACAUUUGAAGAUUAAAGGGUUGUUAGAGACUGAGGGGCAUGAACGAGCAGCCGCAGCAGAGAAUGGCUGCAGUGGGAACACAAGACAAGGAACUCAACGACCUCCUGGAUUUCAGUGCGAUGUUUGCACCACCUGUGGCUAAUGGGAAGAACAGACCGACGACACUCGCUAGCAGUCAGUUUGGUGGAUCAGCUCUGGACGAGCGCAGUAGCUCUGGAUCCUGGGGCCCUGGAGAACAGAACAGCCCCUCCUUCAACCAAGGACGGGGCUACGGAGAUGGCUCCCACUACAAUGAGCAUGAGGGCCUGUCAUCUCCCUUCCUCAGUUCAGGAAUCGGAGGUAAAAAUGAGAGAGUACCAUACUCUUCGUUUGGAGGCCAGCCUGGCUUCCUACCCAGUGACAUCGCCAUGCCCAGUCCAGAUUCCAUGUCCCCCUCUGGGCUAAAGUCUGCCUCUCAGUUCUACCCCGGAUCGUACCCCAACAACCCUAGGAGGAGGCCUCCCGAUGGCCAGCUAGACACCCAACCGAAGAAGAUCCGGAAACCCCCUGGCCUGCCUUCCUCGGUGUAUGCCUCUUCCUCCGGGGAUGAGUAUGCCCGUGACAACGGAGGAUAUCCUGGCACCAAACCUGGCUCUGUCUACCCAGGCUCUUUUUACAUGCAAGAGGGACUCCACCCCUCCUCUGACCCUUGGGCCUCCUCAGGACCUUUGGGUCAGUCUGGCUACUCUGCCAUGCUGGGGAACUCUCCCCACAUCGGCCAGCCCGGAUCCUUCUCUGCCAUCAACCCACAGGACAGGAUGAAGCGUCAACCCCUGCCUCUGUCCCCACAGAACUACCCUCUCCACGGCAGUGAGGUGAACGGCAGUCUCGCGCCCGGCUUCCACUCUGGGUCUGGGAGCUACAACCACACAUCCUCCAACGGUGCAGACAGCAUCAUGGCCAAUAGAGGCACCACUGCAGGGAGCUCAGGGGAUGAGAUUGGGAAGGCUCUCGCUUCAAUCUACCCCUCGGACCACAACAGUAACAACUUCUCCUCCACACCCUCCACCCCAGUGGGCUCACCCCAGGGAAUUGCAGGAGCUGCAUCUCAAUGGCCAAGACCUUCAGGGCAGUCUGCCCUGUCACCCAACUAUGAAGGGCAACUGCAUGCCCUGCAGAACAAAAUGGAGGACCGCCUGGAGGAGGCCAUCCACGUGCUGCGUAGCCACGCUGUCCAAGGCCCUCCCGGCCUGGGAGGAGGAGCCCACUCUGACAUGCACAGCCUGCUGAGCGCUGUGUCCUCUGUACACAACGGUGGCCUGGGAGGUCUCUCUCAGGCCUUCUCCAAUGCUGGCCUUGCCCUCAGCAACAGACACCCUACCAUGGGAGGGAACCACCAGGAGGAGCCCACAGGCCUUCCUCCCAGCAGUACCCUGCUGCACGGUCACCACGCCUCCGGACCCCCACAGUCCACUGGACAACCAGAGGGCUUCACCAGUCUGCCAGGAAGUGUGGCCCGCUCCACACACUCGUCCAGUGGCUCGGACAUCAAGCGGGAGGACAAGGAGGACGACGAGAACUCCUCCAUCGCUGACAAGUCUGAGGACGAGAAGAAAGAAACCAAACGCAUCAGAGCAAGAAAGGAGGCGUUGACCCUCCAGAUCCUCUCUGGCCUCUCAGGCCUGUCAGACCCGGGAGAUGAUCAAGAGGAUGAGGAUGACGAGGACCUUCCUCCUGAGGUAAAGGUAGAGCGUGAGAAAGAGCGGCGAGUGGCCAACAACGCCCGCGAGCGGCUGCGAGUGCGAGACAUCAACGAGGCUUUCAAGGAGCUGGGCCGCAUGUGCCAGCUGCACCUCAGCAACGACAAACCUCAGACCAAACUGCUCAUCCUGCAUCAAGCCGUCAACGUCAUUCUCAACCUGGAGCAGCAAGUCAGAGAACGCAACCUGAACCCUAAAGCAGCGUGUCUGAAGCGACGGGAGGAGGAGAAAGUCUCUGGGGUGGUGGGGGAGUCCCCCAUGCAGCUCUCAGGAGGCCACCCCGGCAUGGGGGGAGAUGGCCAUAACCCAGUCAGCCAUAUGUAAUACCAGAUCUGGUGGAAUUCCUUUGGCUCUCGGAAGAUGUGGCCUUGAUCUCUUCUUCCACCCAUUCUUCUCAGUGUGUACAUAUACUGAUGUGUCUGUGUAUUGUCAUAAUUCAGUUUCAAGACACACAUUCACACACCCUUAUCCACACAUGCAUACUGCCAAAACUGACACAGCCAAUUUGCCGCACUCCUGACCAUGACUACCAGCGCAAAUGUGAAGAAACUUGUACUUUCUUUCUUUUUUUUUUUUUUUACAUGUUUUUUUUGCUUCCGUAACAUGAUGGAUCACCGGAGUACUAGUGUCCGGCCACAAAUGGGACUUAAAACACUGCCGAGAGGUGCUCUGUGAAAGACAGAAGCCUAACAAACUACAAAUUUACAAAAGGAUUUGUGCCUAAUUGUUACAUGUUUUAUGAGACAUUUAAGCAAAUGUGUGGAACUUUUUGUUUUGGGGUUGCUUGUAUGUAUGAGCAAGUGUAGAUUUGUCAUUCCCAACUUAAUGGUACAGUCUUACAUAUGUUAUGUAACCAAAUCCAUGUGAUAGAGAGGGCAGUUGACCUGCAUCGUGGGACAGAGUUGCAGUCCCACCCCAGCUCUGUGGGCCCUGGACCCAACAUGAGAUGAGGCAGAAGGGGGAGGAACCUCACCUGCCUAGUUGUCAUGUUCAGGGUUGUAAAAGGCUUUUUUUGUAGAAGACUCCAAGGCUUUUCUUCCCUGCCAUAAACAAAAUAAUAGUAUUUCAGAGUCCAGUAUUGUUUCAGCAUCCCCUCGGUGUAGGUUAAUUGGGAGACACCUGACCAGGGGUAGAAAAGCAGUUUAACGUCACAAAAGAAAUUAAUUAAAGUAAUUUUUCAUCCUGCAUCUCACCCAUUGGUUACUAUUGAUGCCAUCAGAAACUAGAGAAGCUUUCUGGAAAGCUUGUGGCGUUAACCAGCCACUCUGUUCCGUCUAGUCAUGAGACUGGAGGCUUGGUUUGGAAUACUCUGAUGGGCAUCUUAUGGCCAUAUUGUGUAGUGCCACCCUUUGAGUUUCAAAUCAAUUGACCCUGAACUCAUGUCCCAUGCAUUGUCAUUCUUAAAAAACGAAUACUAGGCGCCAAUGUGCAUUUGCAGGAUCAACCAUUGAUACCCCUAAUGGAAUGAAAUAUCCUCUUAAUACCAGACAAGUAACUUAUUAGAAGUUCAGUUGUCUAUUCUUAAAAUUGAAGCUUUGAGCAUUCCAAAUGAACUACACUACAUGGCCAAAAGUGUGUGGAUUUGGUUAUUUCAACCACACCUGUUACUGACAUAAAUCGAGCACACAGUCAUGCAAUCUCCAUAGACAAACAUUGGCAGUAGAAUGGCCUUACUGAAAUGCUCAGGGACUUUCAAUGUGGCACUGUCAUAGGAUGCCACAUUUCCAACUUCCCCGGACAACUGUAAGGGCUGUUAUGGUGAAGGGGAAACGUCUAGGAGCAACAACGGCUCAGCUGUGAAGAAGGCCGUAUAUGCUUACAAAACAGGAUGAUGUAGUGCAUAAAAAUAAUCUGUCCUCGGUUGUAACACUGACUACCGAGUUCCAAACUCCGGAAGCAACGUCAGCACAAAAACUGUUCAUCGGGAGCUUCAUUAAAUAGGUUUCCAUGGCCAAGCAGCCACACACAAGCCUAAGAUCAUGUACAAUGCCAAGCGUCAGCUGGAGUGGUGUAAAGCUCGCUGCCAUUGGACUGGAGCAAUGGAAAAGCAUUCUCUGGAGUGAUGAAUCAAGCUUCACCAAUCUGGGUUUGGUGGAUGCCAGGAGAAAGCUACCAGCUUGAAUGCAUAGUGCAUUGGUGGUGGAGGAAUACUGGUCUGGGGGCUGUUUUUCAAGGUUCGGGCUAGGCCCCUUAGUUCCAGUGAAGGGAAAUCUUAAUGCUUCAGCAUUUAUUUUAUUUCACCUUUUUUAUUUAACUAGGCAAAUCAGUUGAGAACAAAUUCUUAUUUACAAUUACUGCUUACCCCGGACGACGCUGGGAAAUUGUGUGCAGCCCUAUGGGACUCCCAAUAAUGCUUGGUUGUGAUAAAGCCUGGAAUCAAACCAGGGUCUGUAGUAACUCCUCUAGUUUUGAGAUGCAGUGCCUUAGACCGCUGCACUACUUGGGAGCCCCAGCAUAUAAUGACAUUCUAGACAAUUCCGUGCUUCUAACUUUGUGGCAACAGUAUGGGGAAGGCCCUUUCCUGUUUCAGCAUGACAAUGACUCCAUGCACAAAGCCAGGUCCAUACAGAAAUGAUUUGUUGAGAUCGGUGUGGAAGAACUUCAUUGGCCUGCACAGAACCCUGACCGUAACCCCAUCGAACACCAGACCUGAUCGCACAACAUCAGUGCCCGACCUCACUAAUGCUCUUCUAGCUGACUGGAAGCAAGUCCCUGCAGCAAUGUUCCAACAUCUAGUGGAAAGCCUUCCCAGAAGAGUGGAGGCAGUUAUAGUAGCAAAGAGCGGACCAACUCCAUAUUAAUGCCCAUGAUUUUGGAAUUAAAAGUUUGUUGAGCAGGUGUCCAUAUACUUUUGGCGAUGUAGUGUAGUGUAGUAAGAGCUCAUGCUGUGUCUUGACUAUAUUGUUAAAAUGUCUGCAUAAUGAGACAAUCUGAUUUGUAAAUCCACCUCAAGCAUACAUUCAACUAAGGAUAUUGUUUCAAAUGGAGCAAAAUGAAAUGCAUAUAAAUAUAUAUUUGUCUAUACAUUGUAGAUUUUAAAUCCAUGGCAAUGUAAGUUUGAAGUUUAGAGUGUAUUGUAGUUGAGCAGAAUGAAGAGCUGAUAUUAAAUCUUAAUGUAUUUUCAAAAUGAACUCAAAUUGGACUGUCAGAUUUGCCAUUAGAGAGGAAAGCUUAACUUAAACAAGAACACAGGCUCAGAAAGAGAAACGAAGACCGAUGGGGUCAGUUGUAGGCUUAAUUAUCAUUACGUAUUUAGUGGACAUUAAGCUGUCAGUCUUUGGUGCAUCCCAUUUUGAUUAAAUUGAAACAUUUGACAAAGGGGUACAGUGGCCUAGAAUAUUGAUAUUGUUCCUGUUUUUUUAUAUAUAUAUAUAUAUGCGGAAGGAAGUUUCUUUGUUCAUUACCCAGAUCCAUUAUUUCUUUUCAAAUGGGAACGUGUGGAUGGAAUUUAUGCCACUGACUGUCCUAUUGAAGUGUUCUUACUGAAUGGUCAUGUGGCUUCACAAAGCAAAGUCUAUGAAGACGGGCACUGUCUCGAACAGUAAUUAUGCAACUGGUUUUGAAUGUAACAUUCAAAUGUGGAUUGCCUUCAUUUUCAAGUACAUAUCCAGGUUUUGUCCGUCGGUUCAAUGUUAUUAUUUUCUCUUCAUUUCAAACGUUCCAUUCUAUUCUCUGCAUUCGUCCAUGUGGUCGUCAAUGUGCAGCUACAUUGUCCUGACAUGUUAUUUCGGAGUUUGUGUUUGGAUGGUCUGAAAAAACAAGUGUUAAUUCCUGUUGUAAGUUAAUAUCAUGGCUUCAGACAUGGUAUAGCACCGACCUCAAACCACAGAGGCAGCAAUGUACAUUGUUACUUGUUGGUCAUAGUAUUGAGAAGGAUUUUAAGUUUACUUUGUAGAAAGUGAGGAAAAGAAAAGAAAAAGACAGUUUCAAAUCAAUAGUGUGGCCUUUUCAUUCUCAAGACUAAAGAUGUCAUUACUGGAGAGUGAUGCCUUAUCAGUGCCUGAACUUGUAUUUUCAUUAACUAUAAAGACAGUUCUUUUUUUAAACCAUAACAUUUCAUGUAUCGCCAAGAUUAGAGGUACAUUGGAUGAACCACCCCACCCCUCCCUUUUCACUUUUCAGGAAGAAGUUGAACAUUUAAAAAAAUAAAACAUUCUAUGUAUCUAGAUAAAUAAACAUUUUAACUUUAUGUAGAUCUCUUGUUAUUUUUUAUUUUUUUAUUCAACUGGAUUUGACCAUACUACUGUUAUGUUGUGGCUGUAGGUUCAAGUCCUGGUUGUGUUUGUCUGUUUGCUCCCCUAUUGAUAAACCACUCAACACUACUGGGUUCUAAGAUAUCAUGGGUUCUGCCCUUGUGAUCUGCUUUUCGAAGCACCUCAAACUGUCAAUAUAUAUAUGGCUUCAGCUUUGAAGUGGGGGGCUGUGUUGUUUUGAGCCAUGACAACUGGAGCUUUUUGUCACUAGAACUAUCAUUUCUGUGUAAAAGAGUAAGUCUCCUCCAUUUACUUUGAGAUCUUUUUUUCUGAUAUCAAUCUCCUUAUUGACUUUGACAGUGACUUAUUGUAAGGGGUAUUGAUGUACCUCUUCAGAGUUGAUUUUGAAUAUUUGUUUCUCUACUAUUACAAGGUGAAAUAUGUGUAGGCCUACUAAAUAUUGCGGAUUUGUUCUGAGAGAGAAAAUUUACUGAUCUGAUGUCAUUACGUAUUCUGUGAACAUCCCACAAUGACAAAAUGUACAACCUGUAUUCUGAAGUUGUUGGAUAGGGGGAAAGAUGGAGGGUCUUUUCUGUGUGUCGACCUGAAAAUUGACACCGGCCCUGUUUGAAUACUUAGAAGUGCGUCCAUCCCGCCUCGCUUAAUGACAUGACUGGAUAGUGUGAGUUGUAUUGUCAACCUGUUUCAAAUCUGACAUGAAUAUAACUUUAUUUGAUUUCAUUUCUUAUAUGAAAGAACCUUGCUUUCACCUACCAAAUUAUUUCAGACCAUAGAUCAAUUCAAGGAGGAGGGCACUACUUUUUUAAAAUUCAAGUAUUCAAAUGGGGCCACUCACUCACUGCUACAAAGCCUGGCAUCUUACACUUGCAGCGAGGACACAAUCAAGACUGAGCAGUGUUUUCAGAGUGCCUCCAGUCCCGGUCUUUAUUAUAAUUUUUUUUAUAUAUAAAGUAGUUAUUGAGAACUGUCCUGUAUAUAACAGUAAUGUAGCAAUAAAUGUGCCAUUUUUAAUAACAGAAUUAUACCUUUUUCAAUGUCUGGCUUUUGAAUCUUGUAAACAUGAAAGGAAAUAAAGGAAAACAUUGUAAUAAAGGGUU